AUGGCCGAUCAAUGUCGAUCUCUGAUCCGCAGAGGCAUCGAAACGAAUCGUCAGCGAUACGUAUGGACACGCAAGAGCCUGUUGAGCGAGGUGUGUCUAUUACUCAGAGUGUGUAGGUUGAUAGUCAAGUAUGACGGUCACCCAGUCGUUCCUCCGAGGCCAAGUGAACGCACCCCUCGCUCUCGUUCGUACUCUCAGCCACCGCCUGCCCCACGCACGGAGCCCGCACCUGCAAUACGCUUCUAUCACCGCGAUGAGCCUUACUAUGAGUUCACCAACUUCGCGCCGUAUGCCAUACACUGGGAUGGUCGCAUGUACCCAACCACAGAGCACCUGUUCCAGGCACACAAGUUCAUGCCGCACCGACCAGACCUGGCGGAGCGUAUCCGCUGCCUCCCCAGCUCCCGCGCAGCACUCCAGGAGGCAGGGAACCUGCGCCCAUUGCAGCGUACAGACUGGUUCGAGGUCAACGUCCGCGUAAUGGACGACGUCUUGGAGGCCAAGGUCUCCCAGCAUUUCUCGCUUCGCGACAUGCUUCUCCAAACGGGCACCAGCGAGCUCGUUGAGGACAGCCCGGUCGAUUCGUUUUGGGGAUGUGGCCAGGAUGGCCUAGGAAGGAACGAGCUGGGCAAGGCGCUGAUGCGGCUGCGCGACAAGCUCAGAGCUCGUCCAGGGUCAGCAGGUGAUCGAUUCGUGUGGACGUCUCCCCCGCCGGAGAAAACGACCCGCUCGGAAGGCCAACUGCCCCCCUCUGGACCGACGGGCUCACAGCAGAGCCGCGGAAGGGCGUCUGUGCGACCGUCACCUGUAUCCGCGAAGGAACAGGAAGGAAGAAGGCUGCGACGGCGCACGGGAGACGUUGAAAUCCAGUCUACUGGGGCGCCCGUCAAUGAAGAGGCGGUACGCCCGACUGAGGUAAGUAUGAGAUAGGUCGGAUGCCGCGAUGUCUCAACUCAGCAAUGACGGUCUGAGUUCUUCUCUGACAACUACAUGUUAGGACCGGCCGUCCUGGAGAACCCCGGAGAUGCCGAUGGGAGGGGGGUGGAGUAGUUCCCAUCGUUUGUGACGCCGUGGGCGUUCAAACAUUCAUCGUCGACAUUUGUGAUUCAGACUGCCUAGAGUUUCCGAGACAGGAGAGAAAUGUGACGAAGGG